UGCGCGCAUUGAUACGCCGAGCGUACAAGCUGGGGGUGAAUGGGAUGGAAGAAGAGUUCUUGUUUUGUAUAUCAGUUUCUGUUUUUUUUUUAUGUAUUUUUGGUUUAAAAUCAAGCGAACAAAGCGAAGAUUCCUUCUGUUACACUAUACAAAACUUUAGGGCGCAAAAGGGAGCGAAUUCAUCCGUGGGAUAAGAUUUUAGUGGUGAAAUGCCCGGCUGUUUGUAGAUAUAUAUUUAAAUAAUUGGUGAGUGUGUGUAAGUGUAUGAAGAUCGGUGUUUGACUGCUGGAGGAGUGAGUACAAGGCUCCACCCCCCACUCUGCCAGUUGGAUGGUGUUCAAGACGGCAGACGUUGGGAAGGCAGCUGUGUUGGGUUUUGGGAAGAAGAGAUCGAUUAUGGAACUACAAAAUUUACAGGAAGCACUCAAAGUGGAAAUCCAGAUCCAUCAGAAACUCGUGAGCCAGAUGAAGCAAGAUCCACAGAAUGCAGAUCUGAAGCUGCAGCUCCGUGACCUGCAGGCCAAGAUCACAGCGCUGAGUGAGCGGCAGAAAAAGGUUGUGGAGCAGUUAAGGAGAGAUCUACUGGUGAAACAGGAAGAUAUGAAGCUGCAGACGCUGCAAGCCGAUGGGCAAACGUCUACCUUGCUCAUCACACAGACGCCUCUGCCUGCUGCCAGCCUCACUACUCCACAGAGCUCGGUGUCCCCUGUCAUUGCUUCAAAGACUCUACCUCUGGUUCUGAGAGCUGCCACCCCCUCCUCACCUAUCAUCAUGACACCAGCACCUACUAUCACCGUGGUGACAACCCUUGGCAACGCACUCCUUGCAGGCCCUCCUAACUCAGAUCCUCAAAAAUCCCCAGUAAACUUCCAGCCGGUCAUCCAACCGACCAAUCAGGGAGCAGAGCCAGUACGAGUCAUAUCCAAUAGCACCAUUGUUGUGCAAGCUGCUUCCCAAACAAUCAAAGUUCCUCAAUUUGUCCCACCAACCAGACAGACAACUCGACCAGCCACUCUACCGCAGGUCAGGCCAAAACCCCCAGCGUCUUUGUCUCCAGCUGCUGGUCAGAUCUCUGUGCAAACCUUGCAGUCACCGGUGUUACUGAGCACUGCCCUCCCUUCCUCUGGUCACGUCCAGCAGAUGCGUAUCCUCAAUGGCCUGCCCUGCCCCAACAGCUCUAACAACACAAGCAUCCUGAUCUCCCCAUCUACACACAUGCAGCCGUCAGUGCAGACACGCACACAGCAGUUACCUCACAACAGACCAAGCUCUGACAAUACGAUACCCGCAGUAGAAUAUGCGACAGAGCCAAAGACUUCAUUGCUCAUCUCUCCAGACACGCCUACACACACUUCUCCUCCACUGUCCUUACAUACACCAUCUUCACCUGCUCCAACCAACACACACACUUCUUCCUCCAAACAUCAGGAGAGCCCUCUGAAACUGGCCUUCAUGUUGUCUCUGGGACUGGUCACGCGCGACUAUUUAGAAGAGAUUCAGAGCAGGCGUCAGGAGCGUAAGAGACGUACAACAGCAAAUCCAAUAUAUAGCGGAGCCAUGUUUGAACCAGAGCGGAAAAAAAGCUCAGUGUCGUAUCUGAGUUCCAUAAACCAGUCCAGCAGGAAGAGAGCCAAUGAGGACAGCUUGUCAGAGGUAUGCUACACCAAUGUUUUGUCUUCCUUUUCUUUUCUUUUUGUGUUUUGUUUGUCCUUUAUUUCAUCUCACCCAGGUCGCCUUUCUAAAAACUGCAGUAUUGUGGAGCGGGGGCCCCUCCCCCCAACCACCAGCAGCCAUCAUUCUACCUUCCCAGACCUACAGCGGCCCACCGCGGGCAGCCCAUUCUCCCCUGCCCUCUCACUCACCCUUCCAUCACAUUCACCCUCACCCAGCCCCAGCUCAGCAGGGGAUAUUCUGCAGAAGGAAGAUGCCAUUGAGUGGCCAGGGACUCUUGCUAUUGUCCAUUCCUACAUCUCUUAUAAAGCAGCUAAAGAGGGAGAGAAAGAUCGUCUGAAGACAUGGAGCACAGAGCUGCGGCAGGAGAGAGAGACACUAGAAGACCAAGUCGGCCAUCUCAGCAACUCUAUAACGAGAUGUAUGGACAGCAAGAACAGCGUACUGGCCCAGCAGAGAGAGAUGGAGGCUUCGCUUGAGAAGAUGAAAGGGCUGGUGCGUCUGAUCAGAGGGAUCCAGUUGUCUCCCUUCAUCUGCCCUGGGCUCAUGGCUAACGGAGAAAUGUCCCACAAUGGAGCUUCCAAAGCCAGCAGCUCCAGUGCGGUCACCACAGACACAAACAACAACACAAAUACCGCAACAAGCUCCUCAGAAGCUAUGAUUAUAAUUGGCCCCCUCACAAACACAAGCGAUACCUUAAACCAGAUCGCCACUAAUAAUAACGUCGAGGCUGCAAGCGCAAAGAGCGAUGAGGGCAGUGAGGAGAACGCACAAAUCAUCAGCACGUCCAGAAUCAGGAGCGAGCCCACAAAUGCAAACGCCACAGCUUUCAGCAAUAACAGCAGUAACCAGGCAGUUCUGAGUACCAAUGGAACCAUGCCCACCGGGGAGGAGGGUACAAAAAAACAUAAAAACAAUAACAACAGUGACCUCAGCGUCAUCCCACAGGGCCUCCUCGGCCCGAUCGUACCCCUUACAGAAGUGACAGAGGGGGUAAAAUAGCAUUGACCACCCC